GUGGUGACGUCACACGCUGGUUUCUGCUCGUUUGAUCCGGAGGAGGACAAGUACCGCUAACUACUCUCUCUACCAUAAACUAGUCUCUUUACCACCUUUUACCUCAACAGAUCUCCAGCUGCAGCCGGAAAAACAUCCUGAAAAUGGGAAACUGUCAACCCACUAUCGUGCCCUAUGAGGACUUUGAUGUCAUGGCCGACAUUAAGGGCAUCCGUAAAGCCUGCAAAGGGUUCGGAACUGAUGAGCAGGCCAUCAUUGACAUCCUGGCAAACCGCAGCGCAGAUCAGCGUCAGGAAAUUAAAAACGGCUAUUUCGAGAAGUAUGACGAUGAGUUGGUGGACGUGUUGAAGAAAGAGCUGUCAGGGAACUUCGAGAACGCCAUCCUUGCCAUGCUGGACCCGCCCGUCAUCUUCGCCGUGAAGGAGCUGAGGAAGGCCAUGAAGGGCGCGGGCACCGAUGAGGACGUCCUGGUGGAGAUCCUCUGCACUGCCACCAACUCUGACAUUGCCUUGUUUAAGGAAUGCUACUUUCAAGUGCAUGAGCGUGAUCUUGAAGCAGACAUCGAGGGAGACACAAGCGGCGACGUAAGAAACCUGCUCACGGCUCUGUUGCAGGGCAACAGAGAUGAGAGUUACGAUGUGGACGAGGAACUGGCUGAGCAAGACGCUACCUGCCUGUUCGAGGCUGGUGAGGGUAGUUUUGGGACAGAUGAGUCCACUUUCAGCUACAUCCUGGCCUCCAGAAAUUACCUGCAGCUCCAGGCCACCUUCAAGAUAUACGAGCAGCUGUCUGGAACUGAAAUCCUGGAUGCCAUUGAGAGUGAGGUUUCUGGGACACUGAAGAAAUGCUUCAUCGCUCUUGUGAGAUGUGCUAAGAACCCUCAGCUCUACUUUGCCAGACGUCUGAACGACGCCAUGAAAGGAGCGGGCACUGACGAGGACACCCUUAUCCGCAUCAUUGUGUGUCGCUCUGAGUACGAUUUGGAGACCAUCAAAGACCUGUACCUGGAGAAGUACGACGUGUCUCUGAAAGAGGCCCUGAGGGACGAGUGCGGCGGCGACUUUAAACGCCUCCUCCUGGCUAUCUGCCACUGAGCAAGCAGUGCAGACGUGGACAGCAGAGGCGGAGACGGCAGAGUAUGUUUAUACUGAGGGCGCUGCUGUUUUCUGUCUGACUAACUAACUAGACUACUCAGUCUCUCCAUGUGACAUUAUGUAGGGAGCAGGAGGGUGGAAGUGAUAGAAUAAUUAACUCUUCUGAGUUACUGUGAAGUUAGGUGGCUCUCUUUUUAAACUUUUCCCACAGACAUUAAUUACUAAAAUUGCAUUGAACUGGAUUAACUAAUCUGUCAAUUACUGCCCAUUUCUUAGUCAAUUUCUAGCUCCAGUUCUUAACACCUUUACCAGCAUUUACACAGUGAUAUGUAAGUUGUAUCACUGUAAACAAGCACCAAGCUUUAUACAUUUCCAGGAGCCGACUGUAGUCACACUGAUGCAAUUAAACGAUCAGGUGGUGCAUGUCUUGAUGGGAUAAUCACGUUUGUACACUGGGAAAAAGUCAGCUAAGGCCACAGUAUGUCUUUCUGCUGCUGCAUUCACUACUAAUGAGACAUGAGUAUUACAUUAUUACCAUCGUAUAUAAGUAUUAAUCUGUUUUAGAUCAAAUAAUUCUUUAUUCAUGUUUGUUUGUUUUCUAUAUCUUUCACCCUCCGUGCCCCGAACUCAGUGACAAUUAUAUAUUUCACUGCUGUUACAACUAAUAAUGCAAUCACUCCAUGUGGCUUGAAGUUUAAAUGAAGAAAUGUGAACGUUUGAAAUGAAGGAAUCUUAGCUGGGUGUCAUGAAGGAUAUGCAAUGUUAUGUGAUUUUAUGGAUUUUUCUGAUUCGCAGAAGACACUAUAUAUUGAUUUACUGUACGUUUUAUCAUUUAAUUCAACAAGAAAAACUUGACAAAUCCAAAUACACCUCACCUUGUUAUAUAUAUUUUUUUUGUAUUUUACGACUAACGCAGUAGAGUGUUUAUUAUAUAUAUUAUUUAGUUUACUGUUUUAGGUAGGCCAGAGGGUAUAUGAGAAGAAAUCUUUAACAUCUGGACAGUCUGAUGUCAUAUUGUGUGUCUUUAUAAGGCAGCUGAGAUUUGUUAAAAGUACCACUAUUGUAAGGAACAAACUGUGAGUAGAUACUCAAGUGAACUGUAGUAAAUGAGAUAAUUACAACCAGAAUGUCAUAGGACUAGUGUUUGUCUCUCUAUAGCCAAAGAACUUUAGUCUAACUGCAAAUAAAGUCCCCUGUAACGUCA